AUGGAUCGCAGCCUCUCUUUGGAGCUUCUCCAGUCAUGCAAAAGUCUGUUGAUCGCAAGGAGAAUCGAUGCAAACAUCCGGGAAUCUCUUCGUCCGGACGACACCUUCUUACAAAACAAGCUCGUGGAGAUGUACGGAAGGUGUGCGAGCGUGAGCGACGCCGUACGGGCUUUCGAGUCCGUGAAUCCAAAGAACACAUUCACCUGGGUGACUAUGAUCUCGGUAUAUUCCCGCAAUGGGAAUCUAGCGGAUGCCAAGCGCCUGUUUGAUUCCAUGCCGGAAGAGCAUCGAGGGAUUCUCUCCUGGAAUGCGAUGCUUUCGGCAUAUACCAAGGACGGGAAUCACGUCAAGGCCAGAGAGAUCUUUGACAGGAUGCCGGAGUGGGAUCUGGUCUCGCAAACUUCCAUGCUAACGGCAUAUGCCCAAUGCGGGCAUAUUGACAAGGCAAAGGACCUCUUUGAGAAUAUGCUCUUCAAGAACCAGGUGGCGUGGUGCGCCAUGUUGACUACGUGCCUCCGUGCAAGUGAUUAUAAACUAGCAGAAUAUUUUUUUGAGAAUAUGCCAAGGUGGGAUUCGGUCUGCUGCACGGCAAUGCUGACGGCAUAUGCCCAAACAGGGCAUAUGUGCGAAUCUCUACGAGUGUUUAACGGGAUGCUUGAGAGGGAUUUGGUGACGUGGAAUGUGCUGUUGUCGUCGUAUGCCCACGUAGGAAACGUGGAAGCGUCGGAGCAUCUCUUCUAUCACAUUCCGCAGAGGAGCCACGUGACGUGGAAUUCUAUGCUAGCAGCAUAUGCCUGCUCUGGGCACUUGGAGGAGGCCAAGAGAGUCUUUGAAAGCAUGCCAGAGUGGGAGCUAAUGACGUGGAAUUCUAUGCUGGCGGCGUUGCUCCGUGGAGGUCUUUCCACACAAGCGUGGAGGCUUUUUAGAAGCAUGCCUCAACGAAACCAAGUUUCUUGGAACACAAUGCUGGCUGCCGAGGCCCAGAAGCUAGAUCACUUGGAAGAAUGUCGAGCUCUCUUCAAUUCCAUGCCAGAGCACGACACAAUCUCUUGGAACUCCGUGUUGUCAGCGUGUGUUUUAAACGGGUGUUUAGAGCUUGUCAAGAGUCUCUUCGCAAACAUGCCAUGUAGAGAUCAAAUGUCAUGGAACAUAGUUUUAGAGGCAGUUUCUCAAAGCGGGAGAUUGAGUGAAUUAGAGACGCUUUUCAGCAAUAUGCCGCAGUGGGAUAGUGUGUCAUGGAACACACGACUUGCAGCAAACGCCGUAAGUGGGCAUCCUGAGGAAACGAAGAGCAUCUUUGACAACAUGCCUUGUCAAGACCAAAUUUCUUGGAACAGCCUCUUGACCGCCUAUGCCAAGUUUGGAGACAUUGAAAGUGCGGAGAAACUUUUCUUUAAACUUAUGAAGGAACGGGAUGUUAUCUCCUGUAACAUUAUGAUCUAUGCAUAUGCUCAAAAUGGUUUGUUUGAGAAAGCCAAGCAGAUAAAUCGAUGUAUGCUCCAAGGGAAUCAGAUUUCUUUUAACUCUAUAAUUUCUGUGUAUGCUUUGGAAUGCAAUGUUGAUGGAGCAAGGAGCGUUUUUGAUACGAUGCCCGAAAAAGACUUGGUAUCCUGGACAGCCAUGCUUGUCGCAUAUGCCCACAAUGGGCAUGUGGAGGAAGCCGAGAGGAUAUUUUGGAAUAUGAAUACCCAGCGGAACCAGGUUUUGUGGAAUGCCUUUCUAUCAGCAUACGCUCAGAAUGGUCAAGUCUCGAAAGCAAAGAAAGUUUUUGACACAAUGCCAACCCAAAACAUGGUUUCUUGGUCAGCAAUUCUGAGUGCUUAUGCCUGUAGUGCUAGAUUCAGGGAAACAUUCCAUGUAUUUGAGAUGUUUCCACUGUAUUACAAUGCAGAUGGCCACAUCAGAGCUGCUGAAGAACUUCUGGAGACCAUGCCAUACGUACCAGAAAGUACCGGCGGAGCUCGCUUGCCACGUUCGGCUCGCUUACUUCCUGCUGCUCCAAGUCCACACCCGGCCUCAGCUUGUACGAAAGAUGGCGUAGCUUUUCCGGCAUUUGCCGCUUGGGCUGCCAGCACUCUUUGUCCCGUUUGGAAUGUGGAACGGAGACAAUCAUGCUGGUGGAAUAAGCGGCGCCGCUGUCCAUUAGGUUUAAUCAUGAGAGUAGUGCGUUCCAUGAGACUUGAUCGUGCUCGGGCAAGGAAUCAACAAUUAGCUUGGCCUCUUCCACAUGCCUGUUUUGGGCAUGUCAAACAUAUUCCAGGUUUCCCCGCAGAGAAAAUGCGGCAAUCAUGGCCGUCCACAAGACGUGAUUCUGGCAAGGCCGUAUGCCCGUACUGGCUUUAUCCCGAAAGCACGAGCUUUCGUCGCGUAUGCCCGUUUGAAGCUUUGACCGGAUGGGCAAUGAGUGGCUUGAAGCUGGCUGUUCGCCUCACCAUGUCCUGA